AUGGGCAGCAGACAAGGUCUCGCAGAGCUUGCACAGAACCUCAUCGAGCACGGCCCUCGCAAGGCUCUUCCAACAUCUCGCAGAAUUCGAGCUAUCCACAAUCAUAUUACUGUCGUUGAUACCACCAAAGCUGUCUAUGUCUGGGAACAUGACAGUUUUCCAACCAUCUACGUGCCUUUGGUGGAUAUCAGGAACGGCAAGUUAGCUGAUCAGCAGAACAUCUCUGUGGAGCUCAAGGAACGCGCGGCGAUUUCGCAACUCAUUGUUCCUGGUCAUGAUGUUCUCGAGGAGAAGAAGGUAGAUGGAGUUCUACGAUUCUUCCAAGAUGUGACUCUUGGGCCGCUUUCUGAUACGGUGAGAAUCGAAUUUCGCAGUAUAGACCAAUGGCUGGAGGAAGAUGAACCCAUUUUUGUUCACGCAAAAGACCCUUACAAGCGCGUAGACAUCCUCCGUUCUGAGCGCCCAGUAGAGGUCAAGGUCGCUGGCAAAACAGUUGCCAAGACCGAAUCUUCCAUGCAUCUACUCGAAACCAGCCUACCAACGCGUUACUACCUCCCGCUUACUGCAGUUGAUCAAACUUUCCUGCGAAAGAGCAAUCUCAAGACAAAAUGUCCUUACAAGGGAGAGGCCGAGUAUUAUCAUGUGGUUGUGGAUGGAAAGACAUAUGAGAAUCUGGUUUGGUAUUAUAAUCACCCGACUCAUGAGAGUGGCGCUAUCGCGAAGAUGGUUUGCUUUUAUAAUGAGAAGGUUGAUAUCAUCUUGGAUGGGGAGUUGCUUGAGCGGCCUAAGACGAAGUUUGCUUGA